AUGAUUGAUUUUGAAUCUACUUAUUUGGAAAAAUUCGAUUCCUUAGAAGAAAAUUAUAAUAAAGCUUUUACCAUUCAUUUAUUGAUUUUUGAAAAUGCCCAAGCUUUAAUAUAUGAUGAAUGUGAAUACAUUGACUUGAACGAGAUUGAAUCUGUAAAUGCUGAUUUCUUUAAAGAAUUCUCCUCAACAAUGAACAAUGAAAUAGAUCAUUCAUGGAAAGUCAAUGAACAGAAUAUUCAGGUACCUUGUAUUGGCAUUCAUGACUGUCCUGCAUUUUUCAAGGGACAUAUUACCAAAGAGUCAUUAUCUGGAUAUCAUGCAUGUUAUGUUUGCUCAGAAUGCUUUCAACAAAAUAGUAGACAUCUUUAUGAAAGACCUCACUACAAAAAAUUUCAAUCCUGUAAACUUGGAAAACACCAAGAUGAUGCUAGUGAUGAUCUAAAGCUUAUUAGGAAAUGGUUAUUAUCAGUAGCAGAUUCAGAUGAUCACAAACUGCAAGAAAAACUUCUCUUUCAAAUAUCCCCAGCAUUAGCUAUUUUUAAUAAUGAAACAAUGAACAAAAAUUUAUCUAAAACAAAAAAGACAAAAUCUUCAAGUAAAUUAAUUUGGCACACAUCUAAAGAUAUAUGCAGCACUUUAAUUAUAAUAAUUUCUGAAUAUGGAUUAUUCAACCUUGCAGCAACUCUUGAAGUAAAAUACCUAGAAAAAUUUAAACAUGUAGUAGAUUACCGAGCAACUUGUUGUGUUUUAGAAUUAAUCUGGGUGGCAGUGGGGAUCACGUUGUGUCAUAAAAUCAGAAUUAGAAGAAGAAACUACCAAAAGCAAAUAGCAAAUUUAGCUGCAUUCGCACCUCUAUUUCCUGCAGCCAGAAAGUUUAAAUAUACAAUAUGUUCAGUAAACCUUACAAGUGAAGGACAUUAUUUUGGUUUUGAUAAAGCACUUGAAACAUACAGUAUAAAAUUCGUCAAACAAAAUAUAACUGGUAAUAUCACCAACCAAAAGACCAUGAUAUUGAAGAUUAAAGCAACCCAGAGUAAAAGAGAUUGUUUAUCAAUGCUUCUUUCAGAAUACAUUGAUGAUAUUGUGAUAAGCCAAAAUACUCGUGCAAUUAAGUUACGUAAAGAUUUGCUCUGGUCUCUAGUUGCAAAUCUGUCAUCCACCUUUGACUAUUCAAAUCCUACAACACAUUAUUUGUUUGAAGAUGUACCAGAAUUUAGUGAAGAAGAUAUUGAGAAUCUACUUUCUUUCUAUGAAACAGGAAAGUUGCAUUUUCAAGAGGUGCUUGAAGAGGAUGAUAUAUUAAUAUCACAGCAAACAUCAUCACCAUUAUCUUCUGCAACCAAUUCUUUUAAACAUUCAUGCCACAUUAUCACAGAAGCAGAAAAAACAAUCCUUGCACAACUCUUUGAACUUGGAGAUAGUGAUACAGCAUCUGAAAAUAAAAUUCAGAAGAUUGGACAGAAAAAAGAGUUAAGCAGUACUGAAGAAAUAACAAGAGUGUUCAAAAAUAAAUUAGCAUUAAAUUAUUAUACAUAA